AUGACGACUGAGCUAAAAUCUCUUCCCAUCUACGGUUUCACGGAUAGUUUGAGGGGACUACUGUCGCCAUCAAACGUAAAGCAGACUAACACCCAGGUCCGCACACCAGUCACUCGGAAAACCCCUGCCCAGAGCACAUCACGAAGCUUUACUGAUGUUCUUCUUCAAAGAGAGUCAGUGGAAAACCGGUAUUCUGAUGAAAACAAACCAUUGUUGGACACUCCCGCGUGUGCUCCAUUCACCGGUAAAUCGGAUUUAAAUGGCCCCUUGCUAAUGAAUGGCAUUGAUACCUCUAUUGUUGAUCAAAGACUACCGUCAAUGCAGAGCGAAGUGGUCGCUGUCGAAUACGAAACGCUGGACAUUCAUGAAACCUAUCAGCUGGGAUUUUGUGACUUUGUGGAUGGUGCGGAGAAUUCCUCUAGGCUCUAUGUAUUUGACUUUGUGGACGGUCUAGAGGUCUCCUAUCCCGUUUCUAUCCCUACAUCUACAGAUCCACCCCUAGACCUUCCUCCACUCUUUCUAGAACCGGAUUAUAUCGAUCAGUUGGCUUUAUUGGCUUCCAAUGCAUUUAGCGAGUUAAUCCAAUUGCUAAGUGAAUGGCUUUUAUGUUGCCAACGCACUGAUGAGCAACGAUUUGUGUGGCAACAUGUAGCCGCACACCAAGAGGCUGUCGAGUUAAGGAGACGCACCCUAGAACUUUUGAAUACGCUCAUUCCACACAGUGUUCCACUGUCUGCCUUCGAUGUACAUUCUCCACGUGUGGAUCAAUUUUUUGCCCGUCUGUUGUCCCCAACUCGAUCGACGACGACCUGGCACCAAAACGUUCUUACAACCACAGCCAACUCGAUCGAUGACGACCUGGCACCUGGAGACAAACUUCAUCCCGUAGUAUCUCUUUGUCCCGACCCAUAUCACUGUUUGGCAGUCCUACGUGCGCAGAUUGUCCUGCUAUUGAGAACACUCCUGCCACAGAUGAAAUUACCACAGUCUUUCGAUACUGGUCGGGACCUAAGCCCCCUGCUGUCACUCAUGUGCGAGCUCAACCGGACAGUCUA